AUUGAACUGAGCCUCGAAGAAAUUGGGGCAAGCUAGAUGCCAUGGUGUAACGGUGGCCCAACUAAAGAAUAACAUUCAAAGAGAAAGAGAUAGACGACAUAGGAACAGAGGCAGUGGGGAAAUAAACACAACAACAAUGGAGGACGAUGAAGGAGGACCAAGGUUGAGCAAGAGAUUUUCAGACAAAGAUGGUGGUGAGGUUGAUUUCAAGACAAAAGCAGGCACUGCUUGGAGUCAUAACUUUCUCAAUCAGAAACCUUGGCAUCCUCUCUCUUAUCCUAAUCAACGCCGCAAAUGGAUCGCCGAACAAACUCAUUCUCAGCGCCAACGCCGCGCCGAAGAUAUCGCCCGCGAGUAUUCUCAAGAACAGGAGUACCUCCGCCAGACCUCCAUCCUUUCUCAAAAAGAGAAAAAAAAGGUGGAUAUUAUGCAAGCUGUUAGCUUUAUGUAUGUGCGUCCACCCGGUUACAAUGCUGAGAGUGCAAAAGCAGCUGAAAUUGCUGAUGAGAGAAGGAAGAUUGGUGAGAGUGACCCAACUACUGCUUCUGCCUCUUCAGUGCCGCAAGAAGCUGUUGCUGUGAAGGAAGAGAAAAAGAAAGCAAGACCUAAGGAUGUUUUUGGCCGGACUUUACCUACUGAAGAAGAAUUUGCUGUUCUCAAGAAUGCUCCGAGGUUAGAGACUGGAGUUACUGGUAGGGUUAAACCCUUUGCUGUAGAAGUUCGCAAUGUUAAAUGUGUAAGAUGUACAAAUUACGGGCAUCAAAGUGGAGACCGUGAAUGUCCACUGAAGGAUGCUAUAAUGCCAAAUGAUGAGAGUAGGCUGAAGAGAGAUGACCCCUUGACUGCUAUUAUGGCGCAGAUGGAUACAAGUGAGCCUUUAAAGUGGGAGUUGAAGCAGAAACCAGGUAUCAACCCUCCACGUGGUGGAUUUCACCUAGAUGAUCCUAACCAGCAGAUAGUUGCUGAUGAGGAUAUAUUUGAUGAGUAUGGAGGAUUUCUCAAUGGGGGAAAUAUACCGGAGUUGCUGACUAAUUUCAACUUUAUAACUCAUAAAAAGAAGUCUAAAGGUAAAAACUAUAAGAAGAAUAUAUCACGUAGAAAAGAUCAUGAUGAAGACAGCAGUUCUUCAGAUAGGGACAAUGACCGAAGAAGCUCAAAAAUGAAACAUAGCAGCAAAAGAAAACAGAAGUGGGCUUCACACAGACAAAGUCAUGAAGGCAAUAGUCCUGUGUCUCAUGGUGACAGUGGUAAAUUAAAGGGUAAAAGUAGUAGUAAGCAUAAGCAACGGAGAUUACAUUUGGAUACUGAUCAAGAGAGCAGCUUUAGCUCUGAUAGCUAUGAGCACAAAAGAAGGUCAAGAAAAAGGCGCAUACAUAACAAGACGAAUAGAAAGGAUUUAUCUCAUUCUAGCAUGUCAGAGGAUUCAGUUGAUGAAAGGUAUCAUGGAAGAAGUAAGCAUAAGGAUUUACGUAGACAUAAAAAGUCGAAAUCUUUGCAUGAAGGUGGCCCAUCAGGUGAAGAGAAGUCAAGCAAAAAAGGUAAAAGAUGCAGGUCUUAGAAGACCCAAAAUGAUUCUGAAUAUAGUUUAUCAGAGGAUUCAGAUUCUGAGAGACACACGAGGAAACACAAACAUUAUAUUAAUGGUCGAUGACUAUGUAAUCUCACGGGUGUCUGCACUGUCAAUAACAUUUUCAUGAAGAUCAUUCUCAGUCCAUAAGGUAGAAUGCAGCGGCUAAAAGAUUUGUAAUAGAUUUUGCAAGCAUGCAGUUGGGGAUCAACGGGAGCGUAAAAGGAUCAGUACCAUUUCUUGUGUGUCUUGAAUCUUGAGGCGCAGCAAGAAGUUUUCGAUUAUGAGCUUUGAAUGCACUGCACAGGAACUUUGAUUGGAUAUUCCCUGGGUAUAGUAGGUCAACUUUUUCUUAAAGCAAUGCUUUCAAGCCCACUUAAGAAAAGCUGGAUGUCAAUGGGUGAUCUGGAGAACAUCUCUGGUAUUGUUUAGUCAAGCUCAAGGCUGGUUUGAAUGCUACUGAACUGUGCUCUGAAGUUUGGGUAAUUUGCAGCUAAUCACAUCUUCGGACUAGGAGAAUUUUUAACGUGCAGUGAGUCAGUGACUAGGUUCUUAAUAUUUCAGGUCCAUGAUAUGUAGGAUUCAUUGUAAUGUAUUUCUGAAAGAUGUGGAUUUUUGCAAGUUUGUGGUGUCCUCUGUUCAUAAGUCAUGCUUUUAAUUAAUUAAGUUUGACUUUCACUAUCCAUACACUUCAUUGACCGUUUUUUGGGAUUUGUAUGCAAGAAUAUUUAUAAUCAUAUGAAAUCUCAUUAGAUUCAACUUAAAUA